GAAAGAGAGAGAUAUCUCACCGAAUUUCUCCUUUUUUCAAUAUCUUUUUCUACUGACAGUUAUCAUAACGUAUGGUAAACUUGAUGAUGCCUUACGUAAAACCUAAGAUAAUAAUAAUAAUAAUAAUAAUAAUAAUAAUAAUAAUAAUAAUAAUAAUAAAAUAUUGUGAGAAUCGAAGAUUAAUAAAAUUUCCGAUAGUAAUAAAUCGUAUUAAACAAACGAGACGUUUCGCAACAACAACAAAAAAGUUGUUCGAUUAAUCCUUAUAGCUUUUUUGUUCGUACGAACAGUAGUAUGUACGAUCCUGAAUGUUUUAGGAUUAAUCAACUACUCUCGCGAGUAACAACUUGCAACAUCAAUACAAAAAAGAAAUCUUCUUAGCUUCCGUUCUCACGAUUAAAACACAGUGAGAGCCUUCAUCGAUCCUUAAAAAAAAAAAAAAAGAAAAAAGAGGAAGAGAAAAAGAGAGAGAGAGAGAGGGAGAGAGAGAGAGAGAAAAAAUGAAACAAAAAUAAAAUUGUAUAAGGACAAAUGAGAGAAACAAUCGUCGACGUUAUAAAUCAUAUCUAUAUAUGUAUAUGUAUAUGUAUAUAUAUAUAUAUAUAUAUAUGUAUAGUAAGAUCACUGAUGAUUCUUAAUUAUGUAAGUAAACUGUUCUCUCAGUAAUAAGAUGCAGAUUUAUGAUAAACGAAACUUCAAUUAAAACAGUUUCUUAAGAAAUGUUAAGCACAAUAAUAUCCAAAGUUUUAUCAAAGUAAAAUAAAAUACUAUAAAUAGAUACACACACACAAUGUCUUAGGCAACGUUCUAACCUCUUAACAUAUUUUUCUUAACUCUUGUUUAAACUCUUGUUUCGGUCUAAUAUUCAUCAUUGGAAUAAAGAAACUAGAGAGAAAGAAAAAAAAAUUAAGAAAGAAAAAGAAAGAGAGAGAUAGAGAUAGAGAGAGAGAGAGAGAGGGAGAGAGUGAGAGCAAACGAUUGUGGAAGAAUACGUUCGUUUUAAUCGUUAAUCGCCAAUUACGCAGGACGUCCCGGUUCCAAAACUCUCAGAAGCAUUUUAACGAGCCGUUGUGUCGCCCAGCAAGGAAUUUAACUUCGUCUCAUCCUUCGAGUAGCUUCCACCGAUGGCCCCCACGACGAGAGCACCCACAACGGUGUUCGCGAUACCCUUCCUCUCUCUUUCUCUCUCUCAUUCUCUCUUUCUUUCAUUCUCAUGUGUUCCUCGUUUCUCUUACUUUAGUCCACCUUCUUUUCACCGUAUCCGAUAUAAGGAACGUGUGUGCGUGCGCUGCACCCCGUACCAAUUAGCGCAUACUUCGGCUCUUGGUGUUCGGGACCCCAGCAUGGUCCCGACAAAAGGUGCUCUCUCUCAGGACCCAACGACGACGACGACGACGACGACGACGACGACGACGACGACGACGACUACGACGAGGCACGGUCCGUUUUCAAGGAUGUCGUGUUUCGGUGGUCAGGACAAGCAGAUUUAUCUCGUGGAAGUGUUGAUCGACAAAUUACAAUUGACACCGAACAAAGUGAAGGACAUUGGUGAUCGGGCUGUCGCAAUUAAAGUCAAGCUUCUCGAUUUCCCUCUAUUCGAGAUCACAAGGGAAGAUUUUGAAUCAUUAAAGAAAUCACCUACUAUCGUAGAAAAAAAUGGGAUCGUACGUUUUUCCAUAGGUAGAAGUUGUUUAUUCAUUAGAAAACCGAAAGAUCUCGUAGAUGAGCUUCGUAAUGCUAGCGUUGGUAUCGGUGUAUUUUGCGUCGGUGAUACUUAUCCUUUGGCCGAGGCCAUUGUUAAAUUAUCUGGUUGUUUAUGCGAUCAAAUCGCAAUGUCGACGAAUGAUACCGAAAAUAUGCCAAAGCCGUUCUCCGUAAAAGGUGGUUUUCACUUAUUGGAUCCAGGAGAAAAUCCAUCGGGAAUAUUGGAUAUGGAAUUGAAGGUCACUUGUUUUGGACGAUUCAUAACUACGAAAUACGAGCUUAGACCAAGCUUUUUCAUUUUCAAGAAAAAGGAGGACAUGCGAGAAUUUUGCGUCGAACGAAAUAUACCGCCUCACAUACGUCAUGAUUUGCUCAAGGAAGACUAUCCUCUGCCAGAAUCAAUACACGAAAGUUUUAUCGCCAAUUCAGACGUCAAGGAAUCAACCACGCAGAAGAAUAAAAAGAAAGCUAAAAAGAAUAAAAAGGCUUCGAAACGAAAGUAUAUCUUUUACUACGCUUUUUUUACUCUAAAUUAUCCGAUGAGCAAAAAAUUGUCUAAAAAAGGAAAUAAUCCAUUUCAACGAGGUGGUGUUGCUACGUCAUCGCCACGGCUGCCAAUAAACGAUCCAGGUUUUAAAUAUUUAACGACAGCUGAGAAGUUGAACAAUCGUGAGUAUCGCAACUUGAUUUAUAAAGCUUAUCCCAACGAGUCAACUUGCAAUUGUCUACCGAUAAACCAAACGCUGCAUCCAUUAAUAUGUCGUUCCGGUUGUCAGCGUUUGUGUUGCAUGAAAUUAAGAAAUCCUCAAAAGUUCAUUGUAAUAUGUAAAAAAGAAAAUUUACCGUCAGAAACGAGGAAACAAAAUGAAGAAGGAUAAGAUCGAUUAAAAAGCGGAAGUAGCGAAGACGAUUAUUACCAUAAUACCGAUACACCGAUCGACGUUGAGAAUAAUAUCGAAUUCACUUGGUACGGUGAUAAAAUCACGAAAGAAAAUAAUCGUUUGCAAGGUGGAGGACAUGAAUAUGAUCUACCAGGUUGCGUGUGUUCCGGUGCACCGAGUCUUUACAAAAAGAGCGAAGAAACGGGUUGUAAGGGCAGAUUGAAAAGUUUAGAAAAGGCAAAGCCUGGCUGUACCUGCGCAGGACAGGAUCCGCCUAUUUGGAAAAAAGGCGGUCCAGAUUGCAAUAAGAAACCAUGUACAGGUAUUGAUUGUCUCUUGCGCGCAUUCAAGGAAGCCCAAGAAUUCGUAGAUUCCUUAGGGAAGGUACCUGGUUUCGAAGGUUUAGGCUUGAUGGACCCUUCGGAAAGUCCUUUUUUUGGCAGAGAUAUCAGCAAAGAUUACGAGACCGAUGAUACACAGGCAGAGAAGAGAGCGCAGGCAUUACCAUUACCAAAUCCUCAUUGCACAGCUCCUUGCAAUCCACGUAUUGGAACACGUAAAUUUGAUACAGGCACUAAUAACGUUUCCGUGCCUCAUUCAACUUCGGCUUAUACCGCAGCAACGCCAUUAACGAUAGCCGUGCCAGGUCGUACAGGGGUCGUACGCGAAGCUGUACCUACGCUACCUGAUAACGGUUCGACCGUUGUUUAUGCAAAGCCAAAAAAGAAGGAAGAGAAGAGAGAGGAAAAGAUCGACAAGUCGAAGGAUAUCGAUGCCACGCCAUCUGUACCUGUGGAAAUUGAUCUAGGUCCUUGCGGUGAGCCUAAAUGUAAAUCAAGACGUAAGAAGGUCAUGGAUACUGUAGAAUCCAUCGAAAAUAUAGAAUUUUCUCAUAAGAAAUCAGUGACGCAAAUAAAGCCUUUAAGUACUGGUGUGACAACACCUUUGACCAGUAGUAAAGCUAGUGAAAAGGGUAAACAUAAGCUUAAGAUCAACUCUAUAAGUCCCUCUGGAGAUCGUACUAUUAAAACACCUAUAAAGGUCAGUAAACGCGUGAUGCGUUAUGUAUAUUCCAUCGGCGAUGUUUAUCCUGGUAUUCAUUAUGGUCACAAAAAUUGUAUCGAUGUACGUAUGAGAGUACCAGCCAAUAUGGGUUGGUUAUGGAAUACUAGUAGCACGCUUUAUAACUUGAAACCACGAAUCGGCUGGAAGCCUGGUGCUAUAGGAAGGUAUUUGAGCGAAUUGCUUAAAGAGGCAAAAGCUGGAUCAAAGGGUAAACCAAGGGCUGUACCUUUCCGUACUAGAAAAGGUAAAACUUAUAGGAGUAUGAGCUUUACCUCGGUGAAAAAGUUACAAGCAAAGAAAGAAAACGAAGAGGAAACGGAACUACCACCAACUUUACACAUUCAUAGAAAAGAUGGAACGUACUAUGUUACAAUGUAUCCGAUCAAGCAAGAGACAAUGGACGUGCCAAAGCUAGAACAACCUAUGAAACCGUUGCAAUUUAAAAUUGUAAAGAACAAAGACGACGAAUCUGUGGCAUCUAGCUCGACCGCGUCAGAUAUGGAAAUCGAAUUUUCACCUCCUGCAGCGGUUAGUAGGUAUCGAAAGAAGCCCGACGUCAUUCACAUCGAUACCCAAGUUAAGCAGCAAGAUAUACUCGAUGCAUUGAAAAUCUCAGACAUUUUGAAAAAAGAUAAAAAAUUCAAUAAAACGAGAAAGCCGAGAAAAUGACACGAUCGAAGAACUUUAUUGUCUAUUAUGC